AUGGAAUUACAUCGCGUUACUGUUGAUGUUAUUGACAUUAACGAUAAUGAUCCCACAUGCGACAAACAAAGCAUUCAGUUAAAGGUGAUCGAGUCUUCCCCUCCGGGAGCUUUGUUUUCUCUGCCUAGUGCUAUAGACAGCGAUGUGGGUACAAAUACAAUAAAAUCUUAUGUGCUUACUCCAAAUGAUCAUUUUAAGUUAAAAUCGCGCAUACAGUCGGAUGGUAACGUGUAUUUAUUGCUGGAGGUGCCUUUGGACAGAGAAAAGCAAGAAGAGCACAUUUUACUUUUAACCGCUGUUGAUGGAGGGAAUCCUCAGCGCUCUGGCACAGUUGAAAUCCAUAUUAUUGUUCUCGAUGCCAAUGAUAAUGCCCCUGUGUUUUCACAUGAGGUUUAUAAAGCCUAUGUCCAAGAGAACUCUUUGAUUGGCUCUCUGGUAAUGAAAGUUAGUGCUACUGACGCUGACAAAGACAUGAACGGGAGAAUUAGGUACUGUUUCUCCCACAUCAGCGAAAAUGGAAAUAAUGUAUUUGAAAUAAAUCCGGACUCUGGAGAAAUCAAAGUCAAAGGACACAUAGAUUAUGAAAAUAAUAAAAUGUAUGAAAUGACAGUUGAAGCCAGUGACCAUGGAGGUCACGUAAGUUCUAGUAAAGUGAUAAUAGAAGUAGUUGAUGUAAAUGACAAUGUGCCAUUAAUAAAUCUCAUGUCAGUUUCAAAUCAAAUUUCUGAAGAUUCAAAGCCUGGCACAGUAAUCGCUAUAAUCAACGUGCAAGAUAAAGAUUUUGGAAGAAAUGGUAAAGUAAAUUGUUUUGUUGGCAACAAUAUUCCUUUUAAACUGGAAUAUUCUUUAAAUAAUUUUUAUAGUUUAGAAACUGAUGGAAAUUUAGAUCGGGAAAAAGUGUCUGCGUAUAAUAUUACCAUAAUUGCCACGGACGAAGGUGAACAUCCCCUGUCAGCUACUCGUCUAAUUACUCUAGUGAUCAGCGAUGUUAACGAUAAUCCUCCGAAGUUCGAACAACAGCGUUACUCAACAUAUAUUAUGGAAAACAAUUCUCCGGGAUCAUCUUUUUUCUCAGUGCGCGCCAAAGAUGAGGACUCGGGCGUCAACAGUAGAAUAUCGUACUUCGUUCAAAACUCCCGUGUUAACAAUUUAUCUGUAACAUCAUUCGUGUCUGUUAACUCUGAAGAAGGUGUUCUCUAUGCUGUACGUUCAUUCGAUUAUGAGCAGAUGAGUAAUUUUCAGGUUUCAGUAACAGCAAAAGAUGGAGGAUCGCCAUCUCUCAGUUCUGUUGUUAUUAUAGAUAUUUACAUUGAAGACGAGAAUGAUAAUUUUCCAGAGAUUUUAUAUCCAAUUCAGAAUAAAGGAUAUCCAGCAGCGGAAUUCAUACCUACCUCAGUCAGUGUUGGUUAUCUCGUUACAAAAGUUGUUGCUGUUGAUAAGGACUCUAAAGAGAAUGCCUGGCUUUCCUACAAACUCAUCAAAGCCACCGACCAGACGCUUUUUGAAGUUGGUUUACAUAAUGGAGAAGUGAGAACUGCACGACAGAUUAUGGAGAAAGAUUCUAAAAAGCAAAAAAUAACAAUUUCAGUAGAGGACAGCGGCCAGCCAUCUCACUCAUCAACAGUAAACAUAAACAUUGGCAUCAGUGAAAACUUUGCACUUGCGCUUUCAGAAUUCAGUGACCUGACAAAAAAUAGCAGCCAUGACGCCAAUAUAACAUUUUAUCUAGUGCUAUCGUUAGCAUUAGUAUCUUUUCUUUUCCUUGUUUUAAUUAUAGCUCUAAUAUGUUUAAAAAUUUACAAAUGGAGAAGCUCAAAACUUUUCAAUGAAUACCCCAAUGGAACUCUACCAGUUAUCCCUUAUUAUCCACCUAGCUAUGCAGAUGCCGGAACGACCGGAACCCUUUGUCACGUUUACAACUACGAAGUUUGCCUAACAGCGGAUUCUGGGAAUAGCGUUGAGAACAACGAUUUUAAAACUAUAGAACCUCUUCCCAAGAGUUCCAUGGAUAUUAGGGCAAGUGGAACAGAAACGAAACACUUGAAAAGUGAAGCUGAAGAAGAUCUUUUACAGGUAAAACACAUUUAAACAAAUUAUUUAACAUUCCUUACAGACGCCCC